AAUCAUCUAGAGAGAAAGCCCUAUAAUUUCACUGCAAGCUCAAUAGAGAGAGACGAUCGAUCAUGUUAAGGCAAACAACUAAAAGAACUUUUCUAGGGCUCGCUUCAAGAAAUUCCACACCGUUCCCUGUCGUAUCUCGAUCGUACCAUCCAAAUGUCGUCGACCAUUAUGAUAAUCCCCGUAACGUUGGAUCAUUCGAUAAGAGUGAUCCAAACGUUGGUACGGGAUUGGUCGGAGCUCCUCAAUGUGGAGAUGUAAUGAAACUUCAGGUUAAGUUUGAUGGUUCUGGUCAAAUCAUUGAUGCUAAAUUCAAAACCUUUGGUUGUGGUUCCGCCAUUGCAGCUUCCUCCGUCGCUACUGAAUGGGUCAAGGGAUAAUCCGUGGAAGAAGUCUUGACCAUAAAGAACUCGCAAAUUGCAAAGCAUCUAUCGUUGCCACCAGUAAAACUACUUUGUAGUAUGCUUGCAGAAGACGCUAUCAAGGCAGCGGUUAAAAACUACAAGCAGAAGCAAGCCGAGGCUAAUAGUGAAACCGUCGAGGCUGAUUCCACUCAUUUACAAGGUAUUGGAUCAUGAUGAAAAAUGAAGGGAUGAAAGUAGAAAAAGAGUUUCCAAGUAUAAAUAAUGGUUAUGUUUGGUUGUGUUGAUCUAGUUUUGAGCUUUACUUAAGUCUUUUUAAUUAAACAUCUGAUGAUGUUUUAUGACCCAACAGAGAAUUCUUCUUUGUCUUCCCCUGUGGUUUUAUGGAAUAACUCCUGAUCUUAAUAAAUUAUUGGUUUAAAAAUCCAUCUCUUAAGGGUGACUUUUUCUUUUUGUCCAUGUACGCUUAUUUAAGUUUCAGAGAAAGCAAAGCAACAAGCUAUGUCAAUCUAUAGCGCAGCCAAAUAUUAUGAGAUUCCGCGUUUAGGUUACUUAUGGAGAAAGGAGCUUAUAGCAUCUCUUAACAUGUCGAAUGCUCUUCAAGAUUUUUACUUCCUUUGUUUUCUCAAGCUUUUUGCAAAUUUUUGAG